GUGUGAUCAGCGCUUGUUCACAGCUUUAGUAUCACAACUUCCUGUUAAAGUGUAUCGACUCAGAUCUGGAGAGGCUCAGAGUUGCAGACAACGUAGUUUUUAGGUGACUGAAGCUGACCCCAUUUGAUUGACAUGUCGAACCCAGUCAUCACCCACCAGCCAGGAGCAGGCUCUUAUGGGACAAAUGUGCAGACGGGCGAGUGGAGCACUGGGCUGUGCUCCUGCUGCAGUGACAUCCUAGUCUGUGCUUUGGGCUUCAUCUGCCCACCAGCAUUGAGUUGCUACACAGCUAACAAGUAUGGUGAGAACCCAUGCCUGGGCUGUGUUCCAGGAGGCAUGACAGCCAUGAGGACCCACAUGAGAUUGACCUAUGGGAUUCAGGGGACGAUAUGCAAUGAUGCGUUGAUGACCUGUUGCUGUGGAUUCUUUGAGAUGUGCAGGAUGGCCCGUGAAAUUCGCAUCAGGAAUGGGGACGUUUGACUUGUACAGUCAAUUGAAUAGAUUUUCAAGUGGAAGUUAAAUGAAUCUCAUGUCACAUAUUGUUGAUACAAAUUGUAAUUGUUAUACUAUGUACAUUUAAAAUUUUGUUUUGUUUAAAUUUGACCCCCUACCCCCAAACAGUACUGCUCUAAGAAGUCAUAGCACCAUGUAUGAACAUAAGAUGUACAAUAAAGUUCUGUUUUUUCUUGUC